ACCCAAACACAUUGUUAAAAGCCGUCUGAUAACGCGUAUGAAUUAGCACUUUGUUUAUCUGAAGCUUGAAAGGCAUAGUGAGCAGUGAGCAUCUGCUUCCCACAGGAUCUUUUCUUCUGCUGGUUGAUCUGAAUAGAGCGCUGUUGCCAUGACAACAGACGAGGCGGAGAGUCACCAGAAGAAGCCGAGGCAGCAGGAGGAAGCUGGCCAGGAUCCCAGGCCGCCCUCACCGGAGGAGGAGCACCUCCGGCCUCGCAACCGCAACUCUGCCAGCCGUGGCCUUUCUCGCCUCUUCUCCUCCUUUUUAAAGAGACGCUCACAGUGUGAGAGUGAGGCGGGAGAGAAGGAGGACAAGGAAGAAGAAGAAGCUAAAGCCCCCAUUGCAGACCCAGAACCUGAACUGAGGACCGAGGGAGAGGUCGCUUUGGAUCAGCACUCAGUGAGCAGUGUUGAGGCUCAGGCUGUCCAGGUAGAGAAGAAAGAAGCUGAGGAGAGGGAGGGUGGAAAGGACGAAGAGAACAACAAGGAGAAAGGAGAGGAGGCUGCCCUGGAGAAGGACAAGGUGGAGGAGAAGGAGAAGGAGAAGGAGGAGGAGAAGAAGUGUGGUCCUGAAGGAGGCAAUAAAAGAGAGGAGGAAGAGAAGACCACAGAGGAGGAGGAGGCCAAAACUCCCAGAGCUCCACGCCGACCCAAAACCAUGGAGAUCAAAGUCACCCUGCUGGAUGACACUCUCUAUGAGUGUGAGCUGGAUAAACAUGCUAAAGGCCAGGAGCUGUUCAUUAAGGUGUGUGACCACCUUAACCUGCUGGAGAAGGACUACUAUGGCCUGGUCAUCUGGGAGACGCCCACCAUGAAGACUUGGAUGGACCUUACCAAGGAGAUCCGUAGGCAGGUUCAAGGUGCCAAUUAUAAUUUCACAUUCAAUGUGAAAUUUUAUCCACCUGACCCAGCCCAGCUCUCUGAAGACAUAACAAGGUACUACCUGUGUCUCCAGCUGCGGAAGGACAUCCUUCAGGGCCGCCUUCCCUGUUCCUUUGUCACCCUGUCCCUGCUGGGCUCCUACGCCCUGCAGUCAGAGCUAGGCGAGUAUGACCCAGAGGUGCAUGGCGAAGAUUACGCUAAAGAUAUGAAAAUGGCCCAGGGUCAGACCAAGGAACUGGAGGACAAAAUGAUGGAGCUGCACCAUACAUACAGGUCAAUGAGUCCAGCCCAGGCAGACCUGAUGUUCCUGGAGAAUGCCAAGAAACUCUCCAUGUACGGAGUGGACCUCCACCAGGCCAAGGAUCUCGAUGGUGUCGACAUCAUGCUGGGGGUUUGCUCUAGUGGCCUUAUGGUUUACAAGGACAAACUGAGGAUCAACCGUUUCCCCUGGCCCAAAGUCCUCAAGGUCUCGUACAAACGCAGCAGCUUCUUUAUCAAAAUAAGACCAUCCGAGGUGGAACAGUAUGAGAGUGCAAUUGGCUUUAAACUGCCCAAUUACAAGGCAGCCAAGAAGCUUUGGAAAGUGUGUGUAGAACAUCACACUUUUUUCAGGCUGACCUCCACUGAGAUGGCGACCACUCCUAGGAAGUUCCUGGCAUUGGGCUCUAAGUUUCGCUACAGUGGUCGGACUCAGGCUCAGACCAGACAGGCAAGCUCUCUGAUUGACAGGCCAGCUCCUCUGUUCCAGCGCUCCUCCAGCAAGAGAAACUCACGCAGCCUGGAUGGAGCCAUGGCAUCUACUCCUGACAACAAAUCCACUCGUCCGGUCAGUGCCCCCGUCAUGUCACCAGUGUCUCCCGGGGAGGCAACUCCUUCACCUCUGCUACCCACCUUGGCUCGCUCUAACCAGCGUGAUGGCUCCACACCCAAAGGCCACCGCUCUGCAGACAGGAAGACAGAGGUAAAGGCAGAGAGUCAGCCAGCUGAGCUUACGAAGAGCCACAGCCCCAGACCCACUCCACAGAUCAAGACAGUGGCCAGGAGAGAGCGGAGGCAUUCCCCCUCUGUAACCACUGCCAAUGGAGAAAGAGAGAAAAAAAGCCAGCACUCUCCUCAGGACAAAACAAAGACGGAGGUGGUGCGAGUGAGGAAGAAAAGAGCAAAGAAACUUGAGGGUGAAACUAUUUAUAUCAGACAUAGCAAUUUAAUGUUGGAGGACCUGGAUAAGACCCAGACUGAGAUCAUGCGUCACCACACUAGCAUCAGCGAGCUGAAGAGGAGUUUUAUGGAGUCUGUACCAGAGCCUCGACCCAGUGAGUGGGACAAGCGUCUGUCCACCAACUCCCCCUUUCGCACAGCGAGCAUCAAUGGCCAGCUGCAACCAGCGCGAGGAAGGCAGUCUCUGUUCGGACACAAGGUAAGAGCAAGUAGUUUGUCCCCAGCACCACUGGGACCACCGCUGUCCAGACAUGACUGCCUGCUGGAAGAAGAUGAGGAGGACGGUGAGGUUGAUUGGGUUGAUGAGGAGGAGGAUGAAAUGGAAGAGGAGGAACAAGCUCAUGGUCACACUCUAAAGGUGGCUAUCAAUGUGCCAGAUGAGAAGAGGAGCUUGGUUAACCCAUGUGAGUUAAACCCAGCCAGGCUCAAGCAUUCCCGGAUGUCUUUCUUUCUGUCAGGGCUGCUGCUGAUGGCCCUGACCAUGCUGUGGCUGGCCUUCAUUUAAGACAAAUAGAUUGGGAGCUCCCUGAACAUUUAAUCCUGCAAGGUGCCCUUGGCUGUCUAGAUACUGCUUCAUUCAAGUGCUUGACUCUCUACUUUGAAGUCAUCAUUUCUAUCUAUACAAAAUUGAAUACCUUUCUUACCUUCCGUGCAACUCAAUUCAGCCUAAAAUGGCUGUACUGAAAUUAUUAUCUUUAAAGCGAGCCUAUGUAACUUUUGAUGAACAACGACCACUGAAGCCACAAGUAGCAGUUGACCCUUGCUGAGCUUAAUAAUGGUGAAAGAUUUAUCGGUGAAAAUUCAUAGGAAUUCGUGAGACAGCUGGUCCUUUACCACAAUACAACAUGCAAAACUGUUUUCUCAGUUUUAACUGAAACUAUCAAUUUUGCCACCUGAAAUGGCAACUGCCCCAGGCUGUCUCAGCUCUCGCUAGGAAGGUGGUUCAAAACUGUCUUCAGCUAAAUUCUGUUUGGCCAAGAAUACAUUGGCCUACAUGCCUACAAACACAAUACUUUAUCUUGCUAAAAACCUGAGGCUAAAACUACAUGACCCAGGCACAAAUUCAGCAUCAUAAUGAGUUUAUGAAACAUGCUGAAUACAUAGAACCAAAGAAGUAGUAUUGCUGUUUUGUUAUGGGUAGCCAAUAGCCCUAGCAGUACAGUACAUUAUGAUGAGUAUGAGCUCAAACAAACUUGUUCAAACAUAGCCCUGUUCAGGUGCUUACUACUGAGAAACAUAGCCUGCUUGGACAAGAAACACGAAAGGUGGCUAUAGGUGACAGGCCUUUUAUUCCUUUUACACAAAACUGUUGUUUAGCAAAGAUGGGAAAUACAAUCAGUUUGUUUAUUUGAGCCAGUUUGAAUAUUACCUGUAUAAAAAUAAGUCUUCGAAUAACAUAUCAGUUAUGUUUUGACACCAGUUAUAUGGCACCUGAGGAUAACGGCACCUGGCACACCAGCACACCGGCACAACACUUCUGUGUCCUGUUAAAAAAAUAUUUAUAACUUGGAUUAAUUUUUAGGAAAAACACUUUUGAUUCUUUUGAUCAGUGGAUCCUUAAGGACUGAAGGAAUAUAAAUAACUUACCAGGUAAUCGAGGGAUGGACACAUAUUCUGACUUUAUGACCGAGUCACCACUUGUUUUUUGUCAUGCCGGUAAAUCUGAAUGAAUUAUGAUCUUCUCUGGUGUUCAAGGUUUCAGUAAAAUAAAAUUAACUGAGCUAAUGAUGUGUAGUAUCUCCAUAUUGACAAAAGUCUAAACAUUUAUAUUUGCAUGUGUGAUCUAAACAGCUAACUAACAUUAGCUCAAGUGGGUAGUCAACAAUCCAGUUUUAUACAUCCAAAGAACUUCUGUGAUAAUGAACUGCUUGGCAACCAGAGCAGGCAUCUAAUUGAGACAGGCCUUUAUUUGUUAAAAUGUGUAGGUUCAUCAGGCUAGUGAAAGGGACUGGGUGUUUAAUUGGGACUAGGCUUUUAAUUUACGUUGUACGGUAUGUUAUAUGUCAAGAAUAAAGGUUUUUAGUUUUUAGAUUAGGCUGCAAAUUACUUUGCUGAUUUACCUCACUUUGUUCAGUUUAAAGAUCCGUAGUCACUGACUUCGUAUGUAACACUAACCAAAAGUAACACUAUCUUAGGUAACAAGCUUUACAAGAGAUAAAGGAGUGUAAAUUUCCCAAAUCUAACAAACAGUAAGACAGGGACAGACAGAGAUGCGGUUGCAUCCAGGACCAACUCUCACAUGGGUUGUUCCACUUGUACACACAGCGGGUUUCUUUUUCAUGUAACAUAUAACUGCGCAAAAUGUAAUUAAUCAUAUGCUACUUACCUAUGAAUUUUCAAGAUAAAGUCUAGGUCAUUACUGUUGGAAGUAAGCUAAAUGCCAGGAAUGCUAACAUUUGCUAUUAAUGUUAGAUCAGACAGACAAAUAGGUUAAUCCUCUUAGGCCACCUUUGCUCUUGGGAUAUCAGGUAUGGUCCUUAUUCAAGCCUUGUACACUCUGUUUCAUCAUGUGAAGAAGUCCAAAGGUUAUCAGUCCUGCCAUGCCUAGGUGUGGUUGCUAAGCCAUAUUUGGGCAGUUGCCAUUCAGGGGAGGCAUUGUGUGAAUAUAAAGGUACACGCUAAAAUUCUAAAAAUACUGAAGUGUCAUAAAAUCAGUGAAAUCACUUUUGUCAGUUUCAGUUAUGUGCUAUCUACUGUGUUUGCUAAUGCUAUCUAACAUUAGCCACCAUAAGCUACUGGCCAUACCAAAGCAAGUAAGACUGUAGUAGCAAAAUGUCUGAGUGAGUGUAUUAAGCAUUUAUUGCCUGGGACUUCUUUUUAUUUGUAAGAAAACAAAGUGCAAUUUCUUAUU